AUGGACCUACCAGCCAGUGAUUCUUCUUGCGAGAGCGAAGAGUAUUUGCCAAGCGAGGUGGAGAAACAAGCGAGCGAGCAACUCGAACGCGAUUUGCAGGCAAUCGAAACAUACAAGGAUGCUCGGGGUUUGGAGCGUCAGAUGAGUGUCACGCUCGCUAUCUCUCCGAGUUAUGUGCAAGACUGGGAUCCUCCUGCUGCUUUUCGGGAGUUGUAUCAGAACUGGAAGGACGCCAUCUUGGAACAUUUUGAACUAGACCGCCUCGAUUUUCAGCCAUACUACGAAGACAAAGGUGGCUGCGUAUCGAUCAUCGUACCAGACCCUAAGGAACCGCAUCAGCGCCGUCGGGCCUUGGGAUAUAUCAAAUAUGAGAAGAAAGCAGGUCGAGUCACCUUGGCGAACUCUUGUGCUCAAAUUCAGCCUGAGGCCUUGCAGCUUGGGCACACGUCCAAGCAAGGCAAAUCCAACCUUGCAGGAUGUCAUGGGGAGGGGCUCAAGCUGGCAGCUUUAGUGAUGUCCCGAAACGGUUACAAGGUGAAGAUUGCUACAAGCAACUGCCACUGGAGGUUUUCUUUGCAGGGUCAAUCCGGAUCACGCUUUUGUUGCGUCAUAUGUCCGUCGAAGAAAGCUGAUGCCGGCUCCCAGACAGACGCGACUGACGAUAUGGCUCGGUUGCGUUCCCGCAUUGAGAGAGAUGUCACCAUUGAAAUCGGCGCUAUGCGUGACAGAAAUGCACAGCCAGUUCCGCUUGACGUUUUUAUGAAAUGGAUGGAAACAACGAUGGACAUCCGCGGUCUCUCUUAUCCCUCACACAUUAUCGAAACCGAAGACGGAGACCUGAUUCUGGACCAAAGAUUCCAGGGGAAGGUCUACCUCAAGGGAACGCUUCUUCCCGCAUCUGUUUCCAGAUCCAGGACGUUCAAGUUCGGCUACAAUUUCGCAAAAGGGCAGUUCGGUCGGGACAGACAAAAUCUGCUUGACAAGCAUCAAGAAGCCGACAUUGUGCGGCGCAUAUGGGAGUCUGCCAUUCGAAAGCACCAGUCGGUCAUGCUCCCGAUCUACAUCAAUCUCCUCCGAAACUUCCCUCAAGCAGCCGAUGUUGAGUCAGCCGACCAGCUGCUGGAAGAGUCCACGAGGAAACUUAUAUGGCAGCAUCUUCUGAAGUUAAAUAACAUCAGCCGAGAGCGAGGGUGA